GGGCGCACAGCCCUGAUGGCUCCUCACCCCUGCGGCCGCCCGGGCCCGCUGCUGCUGCUGCUGCUGCCGCCGCUGCUGCUCACCUGCCGCCCCGCCGCCGCCCAGGCUAACCUCCUGAGCCUGAACUGGCUGUGGUCCACUAGGACAGAAGGGCCCCCGGCCGAACUGGUCUCCGCGCCCCCGCGGAGCCCCCAUGUGCAGCCCGGGGAGGACACCACCACGCACUCGGCCCCCCAGCAUGGCCCCUCGGAGCAGGGGACAGCCCCUGCCAGCCCCGCACUCCCCGUGGAGAGGCUGGAGACCGGCCAGGGCAGGGCCUCCACCACACCCGCUGCCUCCACCGCGGGCCCGGACACGAAGGAGGAGAACCUCGCCGGCGUGGGGGCCAAGAUCCUGCGCGUGGCUCAGGGCAUCCGGAGCUUUGUACAGCUGUGGGAUGACACCACAACCCCCGCGGGCUCCCCCGCGACAGAGACGCCAGCCCCUGUGACCCCCACAGCCCCCCUCACGCUGGCCGGGCCCUCCAGCGCCCCCCAAGAGAACGACACGGCUCUUUGGCUGGGCAGCAUGGCCCCGAGCUCCCCGGACACCCCGAAGAUGGAGGCCGGCACCCCGCCGGGGCCCACCCAGCUGCCUCCCUCCCCGGGCGGGCCCUCACUGCUGCCACCUUCUCCAGGUAGAGCUUCUCUGUCCUCCGCGCUGGGUGGGGCCCCUCCCUGGGGGAGCCCGUCGUCCCCGGGGCGGCCCCGGGAUCCGGACAGUGGAGGACUCCUGCCCGUGGCAGCCCGUCCCAGCCAGCGGCACCGACCCCCCGACAUCCACAAGCGCUCGCCACGUCUGCUUGCCCUGGUGGCAGGUCCCCCGGGUGCCCUCACUGCUCCUGCGGCUCUCUCCUCUGACCCCCCCACGCUGGCGGCUUGGAUCCCACUCUUAACCAUGGACAGGGGUGCUUGGGCUCCUCACGGGGCUGGCUCUGUGGGGCCGGGUCUUGCUGGUGUCUCUGCGCUGCUGGGGGCGGCCCCUCGGACCCCCACCGGGCAGCCCGUGCCCGGGGCCGCUGGCCGCUGCCUGCCACUGCCUCCCUCCCUGCCCGUCUGCGGCCGCCUGGGCAUCGGACGCUCGUGGCUGCCCAACCACCUGCACCACGGGAGCAGCGAGGAGGUGCAGGCCGCCGCCCGGGCCUGGGGGGGCCUCCUCCAGACGCGCUGCCACCGUUUCCUCGCCUGGUUCUUCUGCCUGCUGCUGGCCCCGCCCUGUGCCGCAGGCCCGCUGCCCGCGCCCCCACCCUGCCGCCAGUUCUGCGAGGCCCUGGAGGACGCGUGCUGGAGCCACCUGGACGGGGGCGGGCUGCCGGUCCCCUGCGCCUCGCUCCCGGCCCGGGAGGACGGCUACUGCGUGUUCAUCGGGCCGGGUGCAGAAACUCUGGGCGUGGAGGUGGGGCUCCUGCAGCUGCUCGGAGAGCCCCCGCCCCAGCAGGUGACCCAGGUGGACGACCCCGACGUGGGGCCGGCCUUCGUCUUCGGCCCGGACGCCAACAGCGGCCAGGCCGCCCGCUACCACUUCCCCAGCCGGUUCUUCCGCGACUUCUCGCUGCACUUCCACGUCCGGCCCGCCACGGAGGACGCGGGCGUGCUGUUCGCCAUCACGGACGCGGCGCAGGCGGUGGUCUCCGUGGGCGUGAAGCUGUCGGGCGUGCGUGACGGGCACCAGCAGAUCCAGCUGCUGUACACGGAGCCGGGGGCCGCGCGGACCCACACGGCCGCCAGCUUCCGCCUCCCGGCCUUCACCGGCCAGUGGACGCGCUUUGCCCUCAGUGUGGACGGCGCGACCGCGGCGCUGUUCGUGGACUGCGAGUUGUUCCAGCGGGUGCCGCUGGCGCGCUCCCCGCGGGGCCUGGAGCUGGAGCCCGGCGCAGGCCUCUUCGUGGCCCAGGCCGGAGGAGCGGACCCUGAUAAGUUCCAGGGGGCGAUCGCGGAGCUGAGGGUGCGCGGGGACCCCCACGUGAGCUCCCUGCACUGUCUGGAGGAGGACGACGAGGACAGCGGCGGGGCGUCCGGAGACUUCGGGAGCGGGCUGGAGGAGACCCGGGAGCCCGUCAGGGAGCCGUCGGGUCCAUCGUCCAACCCCAGCCUUCCUGAGGCUCCCCCGGUCACUUCUCCACCGUUGGCUGCGGGCGGGAAUGAGGAAGGUUCCAGAACGGAAGAAAUGGAGGAAGAAACCACGGUGCCUGCGUUGGCAGCUCGGACCCUCCCCACCUUGGAUCUGGUCACCGCAGGGAGCGUUUGGAGCCUCGGGGGCAGCCUGGAAGAGGGUCCUGCCGCGCGGAGCCCUGAGCCUGUUCCCGGGCCGCAGUGCCCUCCUGGGCCCCCAGGGCCACCAGGGAAGGAUGGCAUCCCUGGAAGAGACGGCGAGCCAGGGGAUCCCGGUGAAGACGGGACACCGGGCGACCCUGGGCCACAGGGCUUCCCCGGGACCCCGGGAGACGCGGGCCCCAAGGGCGAGAAGGGGGACCCUGGGGUCGGGCCGAGAGGACCUCCAGGACCCCAAGGGCCUCCAGGCCCACCAGGACCCUCCUUCAGGCAUGACAAGCUGACCUUCAUCGACAUGGAGGGCUCCGGGUUCGGCGGAGACCUGGAGAGCCUGCGGGGCCCCAGAGGCUACCCCGGCCCCCCGGGGCCCCCAGGCGUCCCAGGCCUGCCCGGAGAGCCAGGCCGCUUCGGGAUGAACAGCUCAGACGUGCCAGGACCCGCCGGCCUCCCUGGUGUGCCCGGGCGGAAUGGGCCCCCUGGGCUUCCUGGCACCCCGGGACCGCCAGGCCCUCCAGGAAGAGACGGGGGACCGGGGAAGACGGGCCAGAAAGGCAGCCCCGGCGACGCGGGCGCCCCUGGACCUAAGGGAGACAAGGGUGACCCCGGCCCCGCUGGCGCUCCUGGGGAGAAUGGCUUGGCAGGAGCCCCCGGACCAGCCGGACCACCAGGGCCCCCCGGUCCCCCCGGGCCACCAGGACCAGGACUCGCCGCAGGGUUUGAUGACAUGGAAGGCUCCGGGGCACCCUUCUGGUCGACGGCUCAAGGAGCCAGCGGGCCUCAGGGUCCCGCCGGCCCGCCCGGGGUCAAGGGGGAUCCCGGAGUAACCGGACCGCCAGGCGCCAAGGGAGAAGUUGGGGCUGACGGCCCUCCUGGGUUCCCCGGCCUCCCUGGCAGAGAGGGCACAGCUGGAGCCCAGGGACCCAAAGGAGAAAAAGGGACCCAGGGAGAGAAAGGCGAACCAGGGAGGGACGGAGUGGGACAGCCCGGCCUCCCCGGACCCCCCGGACCCCCGGGGCCUGUCGUCUACCUGUCGGAGCAGGAUAGAGUGCUGGCCGGCGUGCCUGGACCCGAGGGCCGGCCAGGGUUCGCGGGUUUUCCCGGACCAGCUGGGCCGAAGGGAGAUGUGGGCUCAAAAGGCCAGCAGGGCCUCCCGGGACCCAAGGGUGAGAAGGGCGAGCCCGGCCCGGUCUUCAGCCACGAUGGCAGCAUGCUGGCGCCCGGCCAGAAAGGGGCCAAGGGAGAGCCUGGCUUCCGAGGACCCCCGGGUCCCUACGGGCGGCCAGGUCACAAGGGAGAGAUUGGCUUCCCCGGGCGGCCGGGUCGCCCCGGGAUGAACGGAUUGAAGGGGGAGAAGGGGGAGCCGGGACACGCCAGCGUCGGCUUCGGUGUGAGGGGUCCACCUGGUCCCCCAGGGCCUCCGGGGCCCCCAGGGCCUCCUGGGGUCCCCAUCUAUGACAGCAACGCCUUUACGGAGUCCGGCCGCCCUGGAGCCCCAGGAUUGCCAGGGCUCCAGGGGCCUUCUGGACCCAAGGGUGACAAAGGAGACGUGGGCCCUCCAGGACCACCAGGGCAGUUCCCGUUGGACCUCCUCCCGCUGGAGGCUGAAAUGAAGGGGGAGAAGGGGGACCGAGGGGACCCUGGGCCGAAGGGCGAACGGGGUGAGCCCGGGGGUGGUGGAUUCUUCGGCUCAAGUGUGCCUGGCCCCCCCGGCCCGCCAGGCUACCCUGGGAUUCCGGGUCCCAAGGGAGAGAGCAUUCGGGGCCAGCCUGGCCCACCUGGACCUCAGGGACCCCCUGGCAUCGGCCACGAGGGGCGUCAGGGACCCCCUGGGCCCCCUGGACCCCCGGGUCCCCCAGGGCCCCCUUCCUUUCCUGGCCCUUACCGGCAAACCAUCAGCGUUCCCGGCCCCCCGGGCCCACCUGGGCCCCCUGGGCCCCCUGGAACCAUGGGCACGUCCUCCGGGGUGAGGAUCUGGGCCACGUACCAGACCAUGCUGGACAAGGUGCCUGAGGUGCCGGAGGGCUGGCUCAUCUUCGUGGCCGAGAGGGAGGAGCUGUACGUCCGGGUCCGCGGCGGGCUGCGGAAGGUCCUGCUGGAGGCACGGACGCCACUCCCACGCGGGACGGACAACGAGGUGGCCGCCUUGCAGCCCCCUGCGGGCAACCCAUACCCCCGACGGGAGCUCACCCACUCCACGGUGCGGCCCUGGCGGGCAGAUGACAUCCUGGCCAGCCCCCCACGUCUGCCGGACCCGCAGCCCUACCCUGGGGCCCCACACCACGGCUCCUACCGGCACUUCCAGCCGGCUCGCCCCACCGGCGGGCCCACCCACAGCCACACCCACCAGGACUACCAGCCAGUGCUGCACCUGGUGGCCCUGAACAGCCCCCAGCCGGGCGGCCUGCGCGGCAUCCGCGGGGCCGACUUCCAGUGCUUCCAGCAGGCGCGCGCUGCCGGGCUGCCCGGCACCUUCCGCGCCUUCCUGUCCUCACGGCUGCAGGACCUCUACAGCGUGGUGCGCCGAGCCGACCGCACCGGCGUGCCCAUUGUCAACCUCAGGGACGAGGAGCUGUUCCCCAGCUGGGAGGCCUUGUUCUCGGGCUCCGAGGGCCAGCUGAAGCCUGGGGCCCGCAUCUUCUCUUUCGACGGCAGAGACGUCCUGCAGCACCCGGCCUGGCCCCAGAAGAGCGUGUGGCACGGCUCAGACCCCAGCGGGCGCCGGCUGACCGACAGCUACUGCGAGACGUGGCGGACGGAGGCUGCGGGCGUCACGGGCCAGGCGUCUUCCCUGCUGGCCGGCCGGCUGCUGGAGCAGAAGGCCGCGAGCUGCCACCAGGCCUUCAUCGUGCUCUGCAUCGAGAACAGCUUCAUGACCUCCUCCUCCAAGUAGGGACUCCGCCGGCUCGGACGGACGGACGGACGGACUGCCCGCUGGGAGGCCAGGAGGCGGGAGAAGCGCCAGGCACAGGAGCACCCCUCCCCCCAGGGUGGGGACCCAGCUGGGACACUUUCUUGUAUGGCUCCCGUGUAAUGUAACCCUCAAGAAAUAAAAGGAAGCCAAAGAGUGUAUUUUUUAAAAAGUUUAAAACGAA